AUGCGGUCUCCGUUUGAGAGGUUGAAGUCCCACUUCCACCGCAGCCAGGUCAGUCGUGGAGGGAAGUGGUCGGACUUUGCAGGCUGGUGGCAAUGGGCAGCAAAAAUGCUCGCUAGCGAGGCUAAGCCCUCUUGCGCCUACAGCCGGAACUUCAGCAGCUACCAAUGGUCGAUGUCUGAUGAAUAUCACCUGCGCCCGGUUCAUAAGAUUCUUGCUCGAGCGGGCUUGCGCCUCGAUAAAUUUGAGCUCCUCUGCCAUGUAGAUGCAAAUCCUGAGGCUGCAUCACGGCUUCGAAGCGUCAAGCAGGUGAUUGUCUUGCGCCUGGAACGCCUCGCCACGGAUUUGGUUCACGUCCAGAGCCUUCUUUGCAGCAGGUUGCUGUGGUGCCGUGCCCUCCAUGGCAUUCCACGGGUGCAUACAUCCAAGGCGGCACGAAAGACUGAAGAACUUGCCUGGUCGGCAGAGAGUGUGGAGUGGGUCAAGGAGGUCUAUGCCAAGGAUCUGUGGCUGGGGAAGUAUGCGAGAAUUCCAGUUGCGCUCCCGCAGGAGAUUCCUCGAAUGUUAUGGAGUGAGCGCCAGUGA